AUGGCGCAAGUCAUCUCCAACUCAGGCCACGAUGACAUGAUUCACGACGCGGUUCUCGAUUACUACGGCAGACGACUCGCGACCUGCUCCUCCGACAAGACCAUCAAGAUCUUCGAGAUCGAGGGCGAGCAACAUCGCCUGACAGAGACACUGAAGGGUCACGAGGGCGCAGUCUGGUCUGUCGCGUGGGCACAUCCCAAGUUCGGCACAAUCCUCGCCUCAAGCUCCUACGAUGGUCGCAUCUUGAUCUGGCGGGAGCAGAACAACCAAUGGCAGCGCAUAUACGAGUUCACACACCACACCGCUUCCGUCAACAUCAUUGCCUGGUCGCCUCCCGAGAUUGGAUGCCAUUUGGCAGCAGCGAGCAGUGAUGGCCAAGUCAGCGUGUUGACCUUCGAGAACAAUGCCUUCUCACACUCCUCCUUCCCCGCUCACGGCCUAGGUGUCAACUCUGUGUCGUGGAGCCCAGCUAUCCUACCGGGACAGCUGACCAGCGCACAAGCUCCAGGCCAAGCGCCGACGCCAGUGAGGCGCUUCGUGACGGGUGGUUCGGACAACUUGGUCAAGAUAUGGUCCUUCAAUGCCACCACAGGCACCUACGACAACAUCACAACACUACAAGGACACAGCGACUGGGUACGCGAUGUGGCUUGGUCACCCACACCGCUCUCUAAAUCCUACAUCGCGAGCGCAUCCCAGGACCACACCGUGCGAAUAUGGACACUACCGGCAGGCGCCGAAAUAAGCGACCCGAGUGCGUGGCACAGUGAGACGUUGGAAUUGGAAGUCGUUGUUUGGCGCGUGAGCUGGAGCAUGGCCGGAAACGUACUUGCAGUGUCUGGUGGUGACAACCGGGUCAGCCUGUGGAAGGAAAAGCUCAAGGGCGGUUGGGAAGUCGUGAAAACAAUCGAAGAGUAA